GCGGAGAAGGGAAGGCUUUGGAAGUCCUGGAAUAGGUACUCUGAGGUAGCCUGCUGGCUGACAGCUAGAACCCUCCAUCCCCCAGACUUCCAGGCCUUCCUCUGUCUUGAGCUCCUACCGCGGGCCGAGGGCCGACCAAGACCCUCAGAUCUCCAAAAGCGUCCAGGGUGCGUCAACCAAGGAGAAAGAUUUCACCCUUCUCAGGAAAAUCCUGUUGGCGGCAACGGUGAGAAUACUAGGACAUAGCCCAGGCAUCUGCGUUGGACAAGAGUUGGGCAGAGGGGUGCUUCCGUUCCCACCGAAGACGGGAGAGUUACAAUCCUUUGAGGUUAGAGGAACGGGCUCCAAAGACCCUAUUCGGCACAACUGAAAAGAUCUAUCUACACUCCUUCCCACUUGUAUUUUUUCGUCUCUUGGGUCCCUCCUUGGGGAGCAGAAACUCUCUUCUGGCUUCAAACUAGGAAAAUCUUGAAGGUUCCUUCCUCGACCUAUACACUAUACCUACCUCAGACCCUCUUAGGUCCACUGUUGAUAUAUCUUCAAUUUGUUAUUGAAAACCAAUUGUAAAAAGGCACCCUAGUCCUAAACUGGAUUUAAAUUGUUUUUAAAUCAUACAUUUUUUUAAAACUUUGAUAACCUUAGUUUUUUGUUUUUGUUUUUUAAUCAUCAUUCCUCCCCACUCGUUUUUGUGAGUUCUUUUUUUUUUUUUGGGGGGGGGGGGAAGAUUGAUCUUUGACACUCGGAAGAAAAAGAGGACUUGAAUAGGGGAGCUUAUAGACGUCACAGAAAUGUACCAGAGCCUGGCCAUGGCUAAUCACGGCCCCCCUCCCGGGGCUUACGAGACCGGAGGGCCUGGAGCCUUCAUGCAUGGAGCUGGAGCCACCUCCUCCCCAGUCUACGUGCCCACUCCCCGAGUGCCGUCGUCCAUGCUGGGUUUGUCAUACCUGCAGGGUGGUGGAUCCGGGGCAGCUGGGUCCGGACCAGGAGGGAGCAGUUCUAGUAGCAGCGCUGGGGCAGCCGCAUCUGGGAGCGGACAGGCUGCGCAGCAGGGCAGCCCGGCUUGGAGCCAGCCUGGGCCCGAGGGCGCCACUUACACGCCCCCAUCCGUGUCGCCCCGUUUCUCCUUCCCGGGAGCCACUGGCUCUCUGGCUGCUGCUGCUGCAGCAGCUGCAGCGCGGGAGGCAGCCGCUUACGGCACGAGCGGAGCUGGAGGCACAGCUGGCCUUGGAGGCCGCGAGCAAUACGGGCGGCCCAGUUUUGGGGGCUCUUAUUCCAGUCCUUACCCCGCCGCAGCCGCUGCAGCCGCCGCAGCCUACAUGACAGCUGCAGAUAUGGGAGCAUCUUGGGCCGCCGCCGCAGCAGCUUCCGCCGGACCCUUUGACGGGCCAGUGCUGCACAGCUUGCCAGGCCGGGCCAAUCCAGCUACAAGACACCCCAAUCUAGAUAUGUUUGAUGAUUUCUCUGAAGGUCGAGAAUGUGUCAACUGUGGGGCUAUGUCUACUCCUCUCUGGAGGCGAGAUGGGACAGGUCACUACUUAUGUAAUGCUUGUGGGCUCUACCACAAGAUGAAUGGCAUCAACCGGCCUCUUAUCAAGCCACAACGUCGUCUGUCUGCUUCCCGUCGGGUGGGUCUCUCCUGUGCAAAUUGCCAGACUACAACUACCACGCUAUGGCGUCGCAAUGCAGAAGGGGAGCCUGUCUGUAAUGCCUGUGGCCUUUACAUGAAGCUGCAUGGGGUCCCAAGACCUCUUGCAAUGAGGAAAGAAGGGAUUCAAACAAGGAAACGGAAGCCCAAGAACCUUAACAAAACCAAGACAACAUCAGGUUCCACAGGCAGCGAGAGUCUCACUCCCACCACCAGCACCGCCAGUAGCUCUAGUAAUACCACUAGCACUGAGGAGAUGCGUCCCAUCAAAACAGAGCCAGGACUCUCCUCCCAUUACGGACAUACCAGCCCCAUGUCUCAGUCAUUUUCAGUCAGCUCGAUGUCUAGCCAUGGCACCUCCAUUCAUCCAGUUCUCUCAGCCCUGAAGAUCUCUCCUCAGGGCUAUCCAUCUCCAGUCAGCCAGUCCCCACAGGCUGGCACCAAGCAGGACUCCUGGAAUAACCUCGUCUUAGCCGAAAAUCAUGGGGACAUCAUCACUGCAUAAUCUCACCUCUUUCUCCACCUCAAACACCUCACACUGGACUCUGGGAUUUGGGAAGUGAAGGAGAGAGAGAUUCGGGGCUUUCUGUAGCCAAAAUUCCCAGUCCUUCCUCUUGAUGAGAUUGACUCCAGAAGAAUGAUUUGGAAGAAACUUAAAGGCCACUUGGGUAGGAAAACUGGAAAGAGCCUGGAUCAUCAAGUACAGAGACACACCUUCCACAGACUAACUGGGGAAAGCUAAUUUUUUUGUAGUUAGAGACCAUUUCUCAUGUGACUUCCUCCUAGAAGAUUUCCUGUUGGGGAGAUCUUUUCCUUUUGCCAUUUCACUCCCAUGAUCUAAGACUUGAGGCUUUGCCUGGAAUACAAAGCCAUGACAGAGAAGAAGGUCUAAUUGGAAACUGUCCCUUCAGCUGACCUCAGUGACUUGGGGAUGACAAGGUUUUAGAGGUGGGAGAAUUCUGGAAACCAGUGAUUCUUAUUCCCAUACUCUCUGAACCUUCACUUAUGAUGCAGCUCUCAUGCAUAAUAUAAUAUGUAUUUUCCUUGCCUCCUCUCUCAGGCUUUUUCAAAGGUUGUGGACCAAGUUCUGUGUAUAAUGAUGAAAUAUUAACUGGCUUAAAUGUUUGACUCUGAUUUUUUCCUAAGUGGAAAUUUUCUAACUAGCAGAUAAAAGCCUCAAGAGAGUUGAAAAAACAUCCCAUGGAGGAAAGCAUUGAGUGUAAUCCCUUUUAAAGGUUUCACUGUGAACCUCUCUGGAACUGGUCUUUUUUCCUUCCCUAUCUUACCCAUUACUACUGUCCUAGAAUAUUGCUGAUUCAGAGGGUCUUCAGGGCCCCGUAGAGACUCAUCACUAUGAUCUUUUUUCCUUUUUCAUAAACAGUGCUAUAACUGUCUAUGAUAUUACCUACCCCUGACCCAACAGAAUCUACCAGUAGCAAAGAGCAUCUUUAAAACAAGGUUCAAUUUUAAUCUCCCAUUUUGUUCCCUUCCAUGAAGGAUGGAUGACCAUACCCUCCCUGACCCCACAGACCCGUUAACGUUGUCUUAAGGUGAGGUUGCUGUAAAAUCAGUAUUUAACUAAUAAAUUUACCUCUGAUAAACUUUUUA